CUACACACACGCAGGGUCGUUCAUUGGCUGUGAACAGUGCUGGGAUUUACUUUACCUUACUUGCAUGUGGAGUCCCUGGCAGAGAGGGCUACAGCUACUCAGUGCUGCUAUGGCUGCUAAGUCUCUGUCAUUACUUCACUGCCUUUAUUUCAUGCUUGUUCUUCUCCUUCUGCAUGGGGAGGGCCAUCAGAUGGUGAAUCCUCUCUGUGACCCUGCUUGUCCUGGGUCCUUGUCCCCAGAGCUGUCCUAUCAGAGAGGGGUGAGGUACACCUACAGGUACAGCACAGCCAUGUCCACCACCCUCCGCGGCGCCAACUCGGGAAGGAACGGUCUGGCCCUGGACUUUGUCAUCGACAUACAAACUAUCUCAAAGUGCCAUUUAAUGUUGAAGAUUAGAAAUUCACAGAUAAAGAGGAUCUCCUCCCAGAAGGAGCACUCUGUACUGCGUUUCAAGAGUCUGAGGGAGUCUCUGGAGGGGACGCGCCUCAAGUUCUCUCUCCGAAGGGGAAAGGUCACUGCACUGUGUCCACAGGAGGGCGAGCAGGUGUGGGCCAUGAACAUCAAGAGAGCUCUACUGAGUAUGCUCCAGACCUCCCACACAGCCUCCAAAGGGGAAACAGAAAUAGAGACUGAUGUCUAUGGUACCUGCCACAGCAGGUAUAAACAGAGAGGAUCUGUAUUGAUCAAGACAAGGGACCUGAAGGAAUGUCAACAGCCCCGACUGUCAGACUUCUGGUCCCAUUCUGUAUCGCUGACCGAGGAUACCACAGUUGACUCCAAGCUCCAAUGUGCUCAACGAAUGCAAAGGACCAAAGUCAUGGUGGAGGUCAACUGCACUGAAACGGUCUCAAUGGUAACUGGAAGAGCAGGACUGGUCACGACCCAGACUCUGUCCAAGCUCUCUCUGCUCAGAGCCCAGCCGGAGUCAGCGCCCGGGUCAGAUUCUGAAUCACUGGGACCGGGUGUGCUGACAGACCUGAUGUUUGACCAUGAGGGAGGACCACGUCGAAGCCCAUUGUCCACACGUCAGCAGGCCAGCGAAAGCAUCAACCUCUUAUGUGGUCUCACCCGGGAUCAGCAACAGAUGUCCCAACGCUUUCUUCAGCUGGUCUUCCAGUUGAAAGAUCUGUCUCUGUCUCAACUGAAGAUGCUCUGGCAAGAGUCUUCCUUCAACUGUCGCGAUGACUGGCAUCCGCUGCUGUCGGCCCUCCCAGCAUGUGGCUCGGAGAGCUGUGUGCUGCUGUUGACCGAGCUGAUGCAGAGAGGAGACCUGGAUCUGGACCGGGCUCAGUCCUACCUCACUAGCCUAGCCCUCAUCCCCCACCCGUCUCCCCUCAUCAUCAACUCCAUCAAUGCCCUGCUGGAGGCCCCAGAGCUGCGUCCCCGGGCCCUGCUGGCGGGCUCCUCAAUGGUCCAUGCUCUGUGUCGGAGGUCCACUGGCCCAUGCACCAGUCUUCCUCAGGUCCAGAGCUUUGUGCAGACGUUGCAGGACAGCCUAGGCAGUGGAUGUGGAGGAAAGGAUCCGAGGAGAGUGUCAGAGCUCCUGUACAUACUGAAAGCUGUGGGGAACUCAGGCCUCUCGGCCCCGGCCCUGGUAGCAAUGCUGAGCCGCUGUGUGCUCGGCUCCUCAGAGGUCCCAGAGCUGCAGCUCGCUGCCAUCCGCUCCUUCAGACGCAUGCCCUGUACUACUGAUCGCUCUGUGCUGUUGCAGCUGUAUCGCUCCUCCCAGGAGGACGCAGAGGUCCGGGUCGCUGCAUACCAGCAGCUCAUGCGCUGCCCUGAUCCACGCACGCUGCGGGCGGUCAGGGCGACCCUCGGCAACGAGAGCUCCAGCCAAGUUGGUUCCUUUGUGUGGAGUCACCUGACUGCGGUCCUAAAGAGUGAUGAUCCAAUGAAACAAACUCUAAUGGAGGCCCUACCUGAUGACAUCAUCAGCAAAGACUUUGAAGCGGAGUUCUGGAAAUAUUCGUCCUAUUCCGACUACACUGUUGCCACAGGCAUGGGCAUUGCAAACCUAGAAGGGUCACUGGUUUUCUCAACCAAAUCUUUCCUCCCACGCUCUGCCAUGGCUAACCUGACGGUGUAUCUUCAUGGCAGAGCACAUAACCUUCUGGAAGUAGACCUUCGAGUUGAGAACUUAGAACCAAUCCUGAAGAACCUGCUGGGUCGUCCGCCCCGCGGCUCUGAGAGGGAACCCGCCGGGGGGACCAGAGGGCAUUCGCAGUCGAAGAACGGGGAAGGCAAAAGAAGAAGAGAGGGUGGAGAAGGCGAUGAUGGCGCGGGAAAUGAAGCUUGUUCCUCCAGCAUCAGCAGCUAUCUAGACCGAGCCAAGGCCAUGUGGACUGGUGGCCGGAGAGUCAGUGAGGGCUCUCCCAGGUGUUGGGUCGGCGUGAAGGUGUUUGGAAACGAGAUCAGCGCGUUCACCUGCGACGACCUCCACACCCAGUUCAACCAGCUGUCCAUGACGGUGGCAGGGCUGGCCGUCAGGCUGCUCAAGGGCCAGGAAGUCAAGCUCAGCCACCGGGCAGUUCUGAUGGCGGAGGAGUUGGUGAUGCCAUCUCUGUCGGGGAUGCCCAUCCGCCUAGCCCUCAACAUGACCUCCCUGCUCUCGCUGCGGCUGAAGGGCAGCGGGAACUACAGAGACCCCAGCCACCUCUCUCUGGCGGGCUUCAUUAAGCCAAAUGCGUUGGUGGGCCUGUCUGGAUGGAUGGGGGUGGAUGGGGUCCUGGGCCAGGUGGGGGUGGAGUGGGCCUCAGAGCUCAUUAGCUCCACCAGUCUUGACGGGAGCGUUCAGCUGCAGGAGGGCCAGGAUCUCCGGGUCAAGCUCAAUACACUAGAGGAGCACAUGGACCUCUUCUCUCUCAACUCGCGAGUAUUUCAAGUGAGUGGAGACCACAGAGAGGAGAUGAGAGGUCCAAAGACUCGCCAGGAGAAGACCAGCUGCAGCCCAAAGACCUGGUCCAGGAUGGUGGGCUGGCAGAUGUGUUUCAAUGUCUCCUACCCGGCACCUGCAACAGGGGCGUGGCUCCCUCCCCCUGGCCCCACCCACAUGUCCAUCAGGCUUCUGAAGCUGGACAGAGGGCUGUACUACUACCUGAUGGAAGCGGCCUACUCCCUUCUCUCUCAGCGGGGGUGGUGGCUCCCCAGGGAGGCCUCACUCCACCUGCUGCUUGCCACGCCCCAGUCCUCUAUCCCCAGGGACAUGUCUCUGGACCUGGUCGUCCAGCCCCAACGCAUGCUGCUCAAGGUCUCCCACCCCCUGAAGACCAUCCACAUGAAGGGGCAACUUGUUCAAGAGAGAAAUACCAGAAAAGCAAAAGUGGAGCUCUCACUAGAUGGUGUUCAUCACUAUUAUUUCAUGGCUUCGGUUGAUUCCAAAACACUGCUGACGGAACGAAGGAGCCGAUAUCACCUGGAGGCCAAGUGGGCACCCAGCACACCUCCUAUGAUCCUCUCUGCCAACGUCACGUGGGGGCUGGAUAGGAAGAUAAGCUUUUCUGCCAUCGGGAAAAAUGUUUUUAGAGAGACCCUAACACUUCAAGUGGCCCUGGAGCGCAGGGUCGAGGAGAGCGGGAGGAGGUACUCUGUGGAAGGAGAGGUGCUGCUGCCUGGGGUGCUGGGAAGUAGGGUGCUAGGCCUGAUGGAGGACAAGACCCCCCUCUGGAGCUUUGCGCUCCGGCUGAAAUACGGUGUUGGAGAGGAGGCGCGUCAUCUGCGUCAGGAGUGCUACAUGUCUCAGAGCUUGAGGAGGGAGGCAACCACUGACCUCAGCUCCACCAUGAGAGCAGAGCAUGAGUUCCACUGCUCCAACACGGCUUCGGUCAACCACAAGAUUGUAGUGAGAAACGAGGAAAGCCACAGCCACCACCGCUCCAGCCUGGAUGCCAGCUAUGGUAAGCACUGGGACGAGGUGAACAACAAGCGCAAGCUACACCUGAGCCAGUCCUUCAAGAACCAGACCAGCCAGAACCACACCAGCUACACCAUGGAGUUCAGCCUCCUCCUGCCAGAGAAGCACCUGAACUACAGGACCCAUCUGCUGCACUCCCACCUGAGGGAGCGGGGCUCUGAGAGCACCACUCACCUCAAGGUGCACUAUAACGACCUCCUGCCCCUGGUGGCCGGCCUGCAGUGGAGGAGCCCCCCCGGAGACGCCGCUCACAGGAAGUGGGAAGGCUCCUUCAACAUGGACACUCCCUGGCUGUACGUCUUCAUGGCCCAUAAGCUGAGCCUGCCCCAGAGCCACACCUUGCAGCUCAGUGCUGAGCUCAGCGCCCGCAAGUGGCUGAGAGUCCACGGCCUGGCGCUGGAGGCGCUCUACAAGGACUGCGGGCGGGAGAGGGAGGCGCGGCUUCACCUGUACACGCCAACGCUCGCCUAUGUCAAAGUGGUUGCCUGGGGAGUAGUGGGGAAGCAGGGGGUGAAGAGCUCCUGGACCCUCAGCUCCAUGUGGACCCUCCCCCUGCAAGGACAGCUGUCCCUGGAGGGCAGCAGGGACCGCCAUGGCCUGCAGCUCGUGUCCAGCUACGGCAGACAGAACCUCAGCCUCUCGGCGGCCCUCAACACCCUGGACAAGAACUUGAAAAAGAGCCAAGUGGUGGUGAAGAUGGUAUUCUGGGAGCCCAAGAGCUCUCCCACAGAGCUGGAGUUUGAAGGAACGGUGGAGGAACUGAAGAAGGACCCGAGAAUGUACCAGAAAACUGCAGUUUUGCUGCUCAGGCAGCCGUUCCAGAACUUUCCCCAGAGUUUACUCCUUCGCCAUACGUUCACUGUUGACCACUUCAAGGACCUCUACAUCUUAGAGUCCAGAGCGGGUUUUCAUAGCAGUGGCGAGGUCAUUCACACACUCACACUGGGAUACAAACCACCAAGACCUUUUGUUCGCUCGGCUCUGGUGCACCCAUUCAGCUCUUACAUGCUUCCAACUGACUCGGAGCUAUGCUUAACCAUGUUCAACAACCAGACCCAGAGGGAGGUUCAGGGGAGGCUCCGGGUAGGAAGCAAGGAGAAGAUGAACUUCAAUGGGCAGCUUCUCCAGAAGCCUGGACAGAGAGGCAUGAGGGUCCGAGCCAACCUCACCCACAUCCUCCAGCUGCAGCUGCCCUCCUCUGCCCUGCUGGAGGGAGAGGUGCACUGGACCCCCCCGGACAGCCAUGCUCUAGACUACCUGGCCAGGGGGAGGCUGAGGGUAGAGCGACAGGAGAGCCAGUUUUCCUUGCACCUGAAUGGAACCACCAAAGUAAUUGGGCUGUAUUCCUCUCUCAGUCAUCCCUUUAAAUCCAAGAUCCCCAAAACUGUAGAGGUGACUGCCACGCUGUACACAUGGCGGUCGGGGCGUGGCUUUAGCGGCAUACACGUGGUGGCUGAUGGCAAGGACAGGGCUCGCCUUGGGGCCAAGCUGUCCCACUCCCUGAGCGGGGGGGACAGAGCUGUGGGGCUGAAGCUCAACCUCUCCCAGAGCUUGUUCCCCGGAGCAGACCUGGCCCUCCAGCUGACCGCUAACCUGUCAGAGCACUGGGUUUCAGUGCUCGGCUCCUACACCCAGGGGGAAAGGGCCCUGUUGCUCAAGGCCAGGGGCCUCCUGACCCACACCCAGGGACUCCAGCUCUCUGUGACGGGGGAUCUCAGGCACUCUCUGGUGGGCCUCAGUGCUCUGCCAACAGCCCUUGGGCUGGAGGGAGCCCUGGGGAAGACGGAGGGACUCACAGAAGGACAGCUGAGACUCCAGGUGAUGGAGGCCCUGUACCUGGUGGAGUUUAAGCACAUUGAAGAACAUGGACACACAAGGGCUGGAUAUGGGGUUGAGGAGGAGAAGGAGCAUGAGGAAGAUGAGGAUGACACAGCAGGGGACGGCCCCGGGUGCAGGGCGAGCUACAGGCUGUAUGCUCAGUAUGGGGACCAAUUUGUGUGUUUGAACGCCAGCCGGCAGCUCAACAGCUGGGGGAAGGGAGUGCUCCACGCCAUCCUCUCUCACUCCUCUGACCUGCUCAGUGCUAGAGGCUUUCCUGCUAACAACAGCGCCAAGGUGAGCUGGACAAACCAGAGAGGACUUCAAGCAUCCCUGUUAGCAGAGCUGCUGGCCGGGCCUGAGGGCCUGAGGGCAGAGCUGAGCUGGGCCAGGAUGGGCCGCCAAGCCGUCCCCCGCUGGGAGCUCCACUCCAGGCUGCAGCACCAGAGCGGGCCCCUUGCCAUCCGGGGCCUGCCCAGCUCCAUGCAGGCUGACGCACACUACCAGAGAGAGGAGGGCAGAGUCCUCGGAGACCUGGUUCUUCACAUAGAGGAGCAAAAAAAGCUGGAUGCUCGUUUUAUUGCGACAAGGAACAACAACACAGCAAAUGUAUCUGUGUCUCUAUGGCAACAGAUACAGCAACCCAGGGAAGUUUUACCCACAUCUCUGCAGAUGAACUGCACAAGCGACUCCUCCACAGACCGCUUCUUAGGUCAAUGCUAUGGAAGCUUGGCGAGCUACUCAGUUGAGACUCCUACUCCACGGGAAUUCUUCAUAAAUGGCUUGGUUCUCCAAAAAGGCUGUGCCACCUCUCUGAACACCCAAAUCCAGGCUAUGGGCGAAGAGAAUGCCAGACUGAGUCUAUCUCUAGAAUGCCAUCCUCACUUGAGCCUCCGGGGGUCCGUUCAGCACUCCAUGGAGGCAGCACCGAUGCAGGUUGUGCCCACCCACGGGGCUCUGGUCCUGGCCUUUUCAGCUGUAUUCCCCCCUGGUGGGUUGGAGCUGGGGCUGGAUUUGGGGCAGUGCCAUUUCAGGUCUCUCCUUGGGCAGAGCAGGUCUCAUGAGAUGCAGAAGAGCCAGUCAGCGUAUUCUUUCAAUGUCAGCCAAUACUGCCCAGCUCUACAGAGAACCCUUCUGCCCGUGUCGUCUGAUGUUCACGGCUACCUGUCCAUGGGACCCUGUCAGCUGACCCUGGCCGGCGCCCUCCGCCUGGAAGACCUCGAGGCCUCCAUUGAUCUGGAAGGGCAAACCUGCAGGCCCAUCCACCUUUCUGGGGCCCUAACACACUCCUUCCCCAAGCUGAGGAGCAGAGGCCUGCCCCUGAGGACCACGGUGGAGGCCUCUGGUCCUGGGGCUCCUGGGGAGACGGCUGAUCUGCUGAUCAGAAGCGGGUCCUGCCACUUUGGGGUUAAAGCCCUCCCUGGGGCGAAAGGGAGGGUGAGGUGGCUGUGGGCUAUGGAGUCUAAAUGUCCCUUCUUGCAGGCCCGUCUGAACGGCUCAGUGACAGAGGACAGUCAGGGCGUGUGGACAGCCAUGGUGGACACUGGCCUGGGCAAUGAACAGGGUUUUCUUCGUCUUAGUGCAUGGGCCGCACCAGAGCUGAGGGUGGAAGGCCAGCUGAGACAAAACAUGUCUGUGCUUCUCCUCCAUGAGAUCCCAGGACACGCCAGGCUGUCCGUGUCGGCCGGGGCUGGACAGCGGGGGUAUGCUGGCCAAGCCCUGCUGCACAUAGGCCAGUGUACACUGGGGGUGACGGGCGGCAUCCUGCCCAGCCCUGGCCUGCAGGGGUCAGUGGUGUAUUACAACAACUGCACAGUUGUACAGAAGUGGGGGAGUCCAGACAGGGUGCAGUUCUCAGGGUCUGUGGUCACCUCUCGUGGUGCUCUUGAGACAGGGGUUUCCAUGGCGCUAGACAAGAAAACACUACAGGCUUCAUUAAUCCUGAUUAAAACCAAGUAUCAGAGCAAAGUAUCAGUCCUUCUCAACAACAACGUGCCCCUGCUAAAGAUGUUGGGCCUGCCCUCGUCUGCUGCCAUGGCGAUUAACUCUGGGAACCAUGGCGAUGGCUCAUACUAUUACCUUCAGAAUUGCUCUGCAGGAAAUCAACAGUUUACCAAGAAGAUGACACUGACAAUGUCCUCUGCAGAUGCAGGAAUAAACAGUAGUUUUAUUCAUACAGUGAACUUCCUGCGGGCUCUCGGAGUCCCUGAAAACAACAGCAUUCAGAUGGAGCUGAGCUCUGGCAAGGAGAAGACUUUAACCCUGCAGUCCCAGCUCGGGAGACAGCAAGCAGUUUUCAGAUUGAAGAUCAAGGGGCUCUCCCAGACGACAGAGCUAACAGGAACCAUGUGGUCCAGCGGGCCGCCCAACAUUAUAGAGGGCCUCUGUUCUGUCAAGAGAGGGGUUUCUGGCUUUGAAUCCCAGGCCCGGUUGGCUGUGGACGGGCAUAAGGUGCUGGCUACUGGCUUCAACGUCAGCGUGGUGGACGGGAAUCUGGCCAUGUUGCUCUCCUUCAACCAACCCAAUGGGCCUGCACUCUUUGAGACCGACCUGACUGCCCACUUCAAAGGGCCCCUGAGGAGCCUAUCAGCGGACGUGUGUGUUAAGGGAGCCAGGGUGUCUCUGCUUGGGGACAUAGGGGAGCUGGGCCCCCGAGGAGGCUCCAUCGAGGCCCGGCUUACCCUGAAGCACAGCCUGGACGGAAAAAACACCCCAGUCCUCCAGGUUGAGGCUUGGGGCCGGCUGACUGAAUCACAGCUGAAGUGCUCCAUGGCUGUAAACCCAGCGUUGGGUUCAUCAUUGGCUCUCAUUAUACAAGGACAUCGCCUGCUACACAGUAAGGAGUUGAUGGUGAAGGUGGUCCAAAACAUCCCCCAGCUGAUGUUCUACCUGCCUGGUCAACUCAACACCAGGACGCAGGUAAACCAUUCAAGCUCCAGAGUAGCAAGCGUGGUGGAGCUGUCCUCGGGGAGGAGGAGGCUGUCGGCGCGGUGUGAGCUGGUGGUCCUCCAGGGGGGAUAUAUGCAGGCAAUGGAGCUCAACCACACCUUCCCACAGCUGAAGCCGUUACCGCGGGCCGUGGCAGUGCGGACCCUAUUCGAGGCCAAAAACUGGAGCCACCAGAUCCAACAUGGAACAGUGUGGGGAAAUAGGGAGAUCCGCUUGACUGGCGUCUACUCCGUGCCACCCUCACUGGAGAUAGGGAACCAUGUACUGAAGGUUCACAUGGCUUCCAUCCCCCGGUUGAGUGGCUUAGAAGUGAGUCUGGAGCGCUCCCUGCAUGGACUACAGGACUCCGUACAGCUUGACUGGAACCGACAUGGACGCCUGGAGCAGGUGCAUGCUGCCAGACAGUGGAGGGUCUCAGGGGAGAGGAGUGAGACCUGGAUGGAUGUGAGGCAGCCCUUCACAGUCUCUCUCUCCCAGGUCUCCCUCCAAGCUGUGUCUCAUGUGCCCCAGAGGGGCCAGUGGAGCCGCCAUGAGGGCCAUCUGUCGUGGACCAGCCCAGAGCUGGUCAAUGUCUCGCUGACAUUGAACCAACAGUGGAACCACAGCUCCAUCCGAGGGCGGGCGUGCGGCCUGUUCUCCACGCAGAUGCAGUCUCCAAUGAAAGGUUGUAUUUCCAUGGCCCAGGAUGGAGCUCUGUGCUCCCAGAGUGCAGAGCUGAGGUGGGGAAACAGCAGUGUCCAGCAGGGCAUGAAGUACCAGCGUGGGCCGAGGGGGAUGCGCACACUGCAGAUGAGCGUCGGGGUGGAGAACGUGUCUCCUCCCCCCUGUUCGUCCCAUUCUCUGGUCUCCAAGGUCAAGACCAACCUGAGGGACGGCCUUGAACACACAGUAGUGCUGGCUCUGUGCCCCGCUCUGCCUACCCUGUCCUGGUCAGGGUCCCACAAGGUGAACACUGGGCAGGAGCUGCUGUACUCCCACAGCCGUCUCUCGUUCUGGGGGCGUCCCCCCCACUGCAGCCUCACCAUGGCCUUGCGAGACGCUUCCUCCCCCCAGCUCACCAACGUGUCCCUCUCUGCGGAGUCUAGGGUGGGGAACUGGAGCGUUGAGGUGGGGGCUGGGGCCCUGUCCUCUCCCCAGGGACCAAUGCUCCAUGCUAGGGUCACACUGGACCGCAACCAGACCCUCUGGCUCAGAGGAUCGAUGGAGAACAGAUGUCUCCGCACAACAGCUGGUUAUAUAUCCGAUCACGGGCCAGAUGAAGACCUGAGUCUAGCGGUGUGUCUAGAAACAAGAAACAAAGUGACACUGGACCUGAAGAGAAAGGUUGGACCCUCUAGUCCAGAAGGCCUUGUCUCUUUUUCCGUGCGAAAUUCCAAUCAAAACCUGAAGCUCAAAGCCCAAGGCUGCACUGAAAAGCUACUUGCAACAGAGGCCAGAGUUAUGUACCUGAGCUCGGAGAUGAGCUCAAAGUUAUUACAGAAAAUAAAGACUAUUCUGCAUCUUCUCAUUGAGUCCAGACAACAGUCUCGAGACAGAGGCUUACUCCAAGAGAUGAAUGACUUGCUCAUUAACCUCACCUCGCGGGCGGAGUCGUUCCUUUCAUCGAAGGACGGCAGUUUGGGGCCGCUGUGGCGGAACGGGCAGCUGAGGACCCUUCUCACAGACAGCAUACCCCGUUGCCUGGCUCUGCUGCACCACGCCUCCGCCCUUGGACAACAGGAGCUCAAACGGCCAUUGUCCACGGCGGCCGGGGUAUACCAUGACCUGACGGGGCAGAGGGUGGAGGUCCUGUGGCAGAAGGCAGUGUCUGGGUGGGCUGCUAGGCUGGCCCAGGUGCUGCCCCCCUUGCUGGACAACCCCCAGCUCCGGCCGCUGGCCCAGGCCACUCUGGCUACCAUGGGCACGGCCCUGGAUGUGGCAGGGCAGCAGACGUUCCUCUGGGUGGAGUCAAAGUUGACGGCAGCUCUGGCCGGCGUCAGGAGCCGUCUGGCCUCAGUCUACCAGCUGUCCCCCAGUGAUUGCUCCGUUUCCGUGGCGAUACCCCUGCCACGGGUUUCCUCGGCACGUAUGGCGGAGUCUGGCCUGGUGGAGAUCCUUCUGGAGGAGUGGCUCCUCAGGCCCCUGAAGGCCUUCACGUCCAUCAGGCCCAACUUAGAGUUCUACCGCCUGAAACACAGGGUCAUGGACAGCCCCUUUCGAUACCAAGCUCUGCUGGUUGCGAACCAGUAUGUGGUGUCGUUCGACGGUCUCCUGUUCCAGCUACCAGCCUGUUCAUGUCCGGUGGUGUUGGCUCAGGACCGUUCCCAGAACCCCACCUUUACUCUGCUGCUGAGUCCCCGCCGCCAGUCACAUCAUGGUCUGUUGCUGGACAUGAACCACAGCACCCUCAACAUCUAUCCAGAUGGACAGGUGAAGACCAGCUGCCCCCCCGCUGCCACCCCAUACAGGGAGCCCCUAGUGGCCAUCCAGAGAACCGCACACACAGUGGAGGUUUCCAAUCAGAAUGGAGUGUCGGUCUCAUGUGAUCUGUUGCUUGACGUGUGCAGCCUCACUCUUGAUGGAUGGUUGCAUGGUACAACUGUUGGCCUCCUGGGAACCAAUGAUAACGAAGCAGGGAAUGAAAUGACGUUGCCCAACGGGUCUCGAGCGGCAAGCAGAGCACACUUCCUCCGCAGUUGGCAGGUCUCCUCUAACUGCAGCCGUGCUGAAGGCCCUCUGGAGGAAUGCUCUGGGGCCGCCAUGCAGGGCCCGGCCGGCUGCCAUGCCCUCUUCUCCUCGGCCCACUCCCCACUCAGCUCCUGCUUCAGGGUGGUGGACCCGGGCCAGUUCCUCUCUGUGUGUAGAAGGAGCCCCUGCAACUCCGCCCGGAAGCUGGUGAUGACCUCCCCCUGUAGAUUGGCAGCUGCGUUCGUCCACCUCUGCCAGCAGAACCACGUCCCCAUGGACCUCCCACUGCACUGUUUGCAUCCGUGAAGGGGAGGGGUCUUGGUCUGGAGAUCACCUCUACAACUGCUGACCCCAUGGCCUCUCUCUCUCUCUCUCUCUCUCUCUC